AUGAUUAACAAGUUUAAAAAUCCAAUUAAAAAUAUCCAAAAGCACAUUCACAUUAGUUAUGUUAGUUAGGUAUAGAUUAACUUAAUGUAAAAGUAGAGACACAAUCAGUACAAUUAUCAGCAAUUAAUUCACACUUAGAACAUGGGGAAUUACAAAUUUAACAUUAAUUUGAUCCAUCCAUGUAAUAUCCAUCAUUACAAACACAUCGAAAAUCUAUUACUUAUUAAUUAUUCUCAAUGCAUGAAGUACAAUCAUCUGAAUAGUUUAUACAAUUAGAACAUGGAGCAGAACAAUUAAAACAUUCUGAACCUGAUAAAUAUUAACCUAAAUCACAUGAUGUGCAAUUAUCACUAGUGUUUUCGCAUGUCUUACAAGAAUUAUUACAAACUGAACAAAUACUCCCUAUUAUAAAAUAAUGAUCCACACAAGUUUGACAUACACUACUUGAUGUGCAAGUGGCACAAUAAGUAGGACAAGCAUAGCAAUUUGAACCUGAUUUAUAAAACUUAGGAAAACAUGUUGUGCAUGAAAUAGAACUGCAAACUUGGCAUCCAUUUGAACAAGCAGAACACAACUAUGCAAUAUUUAAACGAUAUCCUGGAUUGCAAGUGCUACAAAAUUCUGGAACUUAACAACUUUAACAAUUAGAUGAACAAUUCAAACAUAAAUCUCCAACUUAAACUUAUCCUUAACUACAACUUAAAGUUACUAAAAUAAUAUUAAAGAAACUUACAUAAACAAUGA